AUGGCGGAGGCCGGCUUUGUGUUAGUUCAGACCGGUGCUGAUGUCACGGCAGCGGGACUGCCAGCAUCUAUCGGUGACCCCGAUGAGGCGGGGCAGUGGGGCGUGCACAUUGUCACAGGGGAAGGGUUUGAUGGGACACCAGAGGAUUUGCCUGACGCUGGGGGCAGAGAUUUUAGAGAUCGGGUCCUAUUGUUUCUGAGGGAUGAAGUAAGGGAGUGGUCAGAUUUGGAAGAUUUACUUAGUCCCCAUCCCCCACGGAAGGGUGAGGGCUUCGAGUUGGCCUCAGCCAUUAACUCCCUGCUGAACAAGGCAGCAGGUCCUCAUCAGAAGUUGAGAGUUUUCUCGAGGAGAACUCUCAUCCCCGAAGGGGAAGACAAUUACGAGACAUGGAUAGAGCACGUAUCUCAGCUGCUAGGUGAGUGGCAGUGCUCUGAGGAAGAAAAGAGACACCGAUUUGUUAAAUGUUUGAGGGGUGUGGCGGAUGAGGUAGUAAGAGGGGUGGAAGUUAAUCAACCUUAUGCUUCUCUGACUGAGUAUCUAAAAGCAUUAGAGGAGGCUUUUGGUCUGACGGGAAGCACGGUGGAGCUUUUAGGGGGGCUUCGGAGCCUGCGUCAGGAGAAAGGGGAAAAGCUUUCUGAGUAUCUUUUCUGGAUAGAGAGACGGCGAAAUUGUUUGAGGCGCUGGGGGGUCAUUUCGGGAACUGAUGUGGAUCGGAUAAGGAUAGACCAGGUAGCCAGGGGCGCACAGAGGAAUGACAUAAUUGCCAUGGGUCUCCGGCAGUCCCGUAGAACGCAACCCCCCCGCCCGUCCUUCGUUCAGUUGCUCAGAGAGGUGAGGGAGGAGCAGGACGCAGUGGAAUCGGAUAAGGGCUCUGUUAGUACGGUGCAGUCCUCGAUAGUAGCCCCUUGUGGUGAAGUGACUGGGGCCAGCUCCACUCGGGAAAUAGUAAAGGGGGUCACGGCAGGAGGGGUUCCUCCGCGUGAAAGGACUAGCAGAGAGGGCCCUUCCCUGAAAGGAUGGACUGCAUAA